AAAACAGAUCAUAAACAAAACAUAAACAUAAACAAAGGACGUUGGGUUCUACUGAGCACAUUGAUUUCGUUUUACGCCAAGAAUGAGCUUGUACUCCUUGCCUAGUGGAACUGUCAUUCCACGGCUCAGGGAUAUUGAUCUAUCCGAGCUGAGCGAGACGACCAGAAGAAGACUUAACAAGGCAUUGUGGGAUUUGGAGUUUAAGGAACAGGCAUUGGAAAGGCCGCUUGGUCAGAUGGCUGUACGACUGACGCUAGAGUACGUUGAAUGGCUUAUAACUGUUGCGAAGAUUGAAGAGCUUCAAUUUAGUGAACGACUUGCGCUGGAAUUUCUGUUGUACGAGUUUGAAGGGUAUAUGUGGAUGAUGAGGUCCAAGAGAGGGAAGGGGCCAAGGUUGACCAGACAAACGGUGUUGUUGGCGUGGGCCGCAGAGAAGGAACUGUUUAGAGGGUUGGGAAAAGUUGAGUUGGGCAGCCGGUGGGACUCACAAGUGGCGUCCAUCCAACUUGCUUUGCUUGAUGUUAAAGGUUGGAAGGAUGAAACGGUACGAAUUUUCUUCAUCGUUAUGAGGAAGAUGUUGUGCUUGAAAGGAUGUCGCUUGGUCACUGGUGAUGACACCUUUGAGACCAGGGAAGGAGACUUUGACAUCCGGGAGCCCUUACAUCUAUCAGAUCCGGAUGUAGACAUGCUUGAUGUAGCAUCCCGUCCAGCUCCUGAAGAAGGGGUGUUGAACCGAGGUGGUGAUGUUGAUUUUGGUGUCGGCGUGGAUGAAGAGCUCAAGAAAUCCAGUCAAGUCGAAAUGACCCCUCCAGUAGAUGCAUCCAUCCCAAUACCUUCGUCUAUGAGUCCCCUCUUAUCUUCGCAAAAGUUGUAUAAGACUGAUCAGAAGUCAGCCGGUGUCUCCAAGGAGCUUAAUAACAAAGGAGUUAUGCAAAAAUCAUUCUCCAUGGCUCCAAAGUUUCCAAAUUUGACUCUUAUGGAUCAAAAGCGGUCUGGCUCAGAGGAUUCCACCAUCAGUAAUGAACACACAAAGUCAGGAAAGAGAUUAACAGAGAAACGUGAGAGUCAGAACAAGGCUUUCUUACCAGAGAAGAGAUCAUUGGAGGAUAAGUUGGAUCAGAAGAUCAAAACAGAGCUUAAUGUGAAAGGGCCGCCAUUAAUUAAAAGGAAUCUAUUGUUGCAGAAUCAGAACGCAUCGGAUCGGUCAAUCCCACAGGAGGGUAAUGCUACAGUUGAAGCCAAUGUUUCAACAAAGGAAGCGCGUAUGGACAACGGCAAAUUCACUAAAGAAACCUUUAAAAGUGUCAACAAUACCCAGGGAGGUACAUUACUGAACAAUUCUUCUCUCCACAAAGGUCAAGCAAUUAGUAAGGAGAAGGCACCUAUUCAUAAAGAUUUUAGGGAGACACCUGUGCUGAAACAACGCACUGGUGAAGCAAUUUUAGAGGUCCAGCAGACUCAGAGUCCAUCAAACGCGCCUCAACCAUCACAUGAAUUAUCUGAAUUUCCACCAAGUAUCAAUAUCUCUUCUAGUCAAAGCCCUACUGUUUCACAAAUUCAUCAGUUAACACAGUCUUCACAAAGCCAGGUAUCGACUAUUACCAACGAUAUUCAAUCAGGUCAACGUGAUGUCCAAACUCAACAGGCCAUUCUCGAUGUAUCAUCAGACUUUACAAAUUCAUCAGAUCAGCAGAGAGCUUCUCAAAAUAUAGAGAGUUAUAAGUUGUUGAAAAAAGAACUCGCAGAAAUGAAAACUUCAUUGGCCCAUGUCACAGGUGACUUUUCCGUUUUCCGUGGGCGUAGCUCUGAGCUCCAUGAUUUGAUCAAGAAACACGCUAAAACUAUAGAACAACUCUCAAAAGGUGAGCAUGGGCAUGACCGUGAUGUAUUUUCUCUUCUGGAUAUAGUUGAUCUACGUUUUAAAACUAUUGUUGAUGAUAUCAAACGACUGAAACAUGUCAUCUCACUGUGGGGAACUCUGGACAACGACCUGGCCACGUUCAGAGCUGAAGUUUGCUCAAAACACUCUGCUCUCGAUACCGCAAUGUCUACUAAUUCCUCUGCCACAACAGUACUGUCAAGAAACCUAGAAACUCUCCAAUCUUCUCUAUCUGGUGUACUUUUGGAUCUUCCCAAGAUAACUGGGACGCUUGAUGAAGUUGUUAGUAAAGUUGACACUUUUCAAAGUUUUAAGAAUUCACUAGAAUCUGGUGAAGAUUUGAACACAAGACUUUCGAAGACGGAAAAUUCGAUGAAGGCUCUCUCAUUCAAUAUGGAUUCUCUUCUCUUCAAAACAAAGGAUUUGCAAGAUCUUAAUGCAAAAGUUCAAUCACUGAACAUGAAGGUUACACAAAUGAGUCAAUCUUUUUCUGCACUCAAUGGUUUGAAAAAAGAAGUUCACCAAAAUAACUGCAAUCUUACCCAGAUGGGGGAAGUUAUCAAAAACUUAUCUUCCCUGAAUAAUGACAUCCAGAGUAACUCACACGAUGCACUCAGGCGCGUUCUUGUUCUGGAAAAUAAGGUCACAGACAUUGGGAAUGUUAGAGACUCCGCAUUACCAGAUUUACAACGUAGGCUGGAUAUGCUGGAGCGAAAAGUUGGAGCCUCGUCAGAGCUAACUACAAGCGUUUCACACUCGGAGGAGUCAUCAACCUCCAUGAUGAAUCGUGAUGAAAUUAAUAAGAAGCUUGCUGCAUCUUCUGAGAAAAUUAGGGCCAACAUUCCCUCAGAUGUAAAAACUGAUACACAGAGUCACCUGAACAGGAACGAAGACAUGACAAAUUUGUCCACACAUAGCAUUGCUUUGUUGAACAGUCCUCUGAAUGACACUGUUAGAUUGGGCAAUCCUACGUUGAGUGAGGCUUCCAAUUCUGGUAUUACUGCAAUGGUACCACAUGAACCUUCUUCAGCCACUACGCACGAAGGAGAGCCUAUUACCACAAUUCAAAAGUCAUCUAAAGGUGACUCUGGAAGUCUGAGUAUGCAUGAAGAACUGUCAGUAAUGAAUUCUCGACUAACCAGGACGAUUGAUGAUCUUUCUUCGAAGACUUAUAAAUCUAUAUCAGAAAUGCAAUCCAAUGUGAUAAAGCUCGGUACUGCAUUUCUAGAUCUGACGAAAGAUCAAAAAGAUAAGGCAUCUGUGAUCAACUUGGCUCUGGAAAAGAACGACAGAUCCAUAGAGAAUUUGAGAAGGGAUGUUGAAUCAUACAAUUCUGGAAACCAUUUACAAAAGAUAAUUGAUCGGAUUGAAAAGUUGGAAACGAUGGUUGUUUCACAACAACCUUCGGGAAACAGUGCUUGGCAAGAUGAAAAUGAGCAGUUGAAGAAGACGAUUACUUCCUUGGAGAGAAAGCUUGAUCAACAAGACAAGAGAUUCCAGGAACGCUUGUCACUGCAUAUAGGAAACACGAAUGAGAUCAUCUAUACUAUGAGAUCCGAAAUAAAAAGUUUACAACAGAGAGUUAUGUCUUCUGAAAAUGACUUCACUCUGUCUCCACCGUUGGGGACAUCAACACAGUCACAAUCGACUCAAAAGUCUAGUACAUCUAUCGUCCACAGCCACCAUGGAAUAGGUGAAGAUACUCAAAAUUCCCCUAAACGUGCCAACAAUUCAAAGACUCAACACGCACCAGGAAAUUUCACAAAGUCAAAAUUGGUUGGCCUUUCUCAAACCAACGAAUCGAAGAUAUCCAUGUCACCUAUUUCACUGGUAGCAUCUUUGUUGAACAAGGUGAGGUCUGAUCCUAAAAGUGGGCUCCCAAACCGAGAAGAAGGAUCUAUCAAAAGAGCAGCAAGUGAAAAACUCGAUCUGAGUUCUGUGGAUAUCAAAAAGUUGAAAUUGAUUAGGAAAAGCAUUGACUCUGACGAUUAAAACAUUAUAUGUAUAUGUGAAUACUCUCCGUUCAUGGAUUUCACUGAGUUUAUUGAAACCAUUUAUUUCUUGUAUUGACAGAGGAACUAUAUACACCGUUAUACCAACC